UUUGUUUUUCCUCUUCUUGUGAAGGAAAUGUAACAAGGACCACGCCUUUACGUAACCACUAGUUCGUAUCAGCUACUCAAACGCAUAUACCGAGUAACCAACAAUUCACUAAAUCUGCUAAACAAAUUUGAAGUUGAAGCUUGAAAUAUGUAAUCCUGUACUCUGGAUUGAGGCCGCGUGUUUUGUUAGUGUUUGUUGACACUUCUUGUUUGUAUUAUCAUAUUGUCUUAAUCUCACGCUUGUGUUACUUGUGUUUGUUUGCAUUCGUUUUCUUAAUUAAGUUUAAGUGCAUUCUUUGCGUAUACUGAGUGGUAGAUUAUCUGGAGCCACUGCUCCUCGCACUUCCCCUGCACACAAGGUAUCUUCAGGUUAAAUCUCAUCCUGGUACUUCCGGUCAUGAUUGUCGAAUUUUUUUGGUCGCUCGCUACCACUGAUUGUUAUCGAUUAGCUCAUUACUAAAUGUGAGUGCAUUUUAUUUUCUUCUUGAAUCUUCAGCCCACAUCUGUUAUUCUCUUGAGGAUGAAUGUGCAAAAGUCUAGACUCAACACAAUCCACUAUAUAUUUGUGUAAGUCUAUUUCAAUCCGAAAAUCUUAAUGCUUGAAAUGUGAGGAUGGUCCUACGUUAUUAUGGCUUGCAGUAUAAGAUGUAUAUGGGAUAGCAGCACUGCAAUGUAGUAUUGGAGUGUUACGCUUUCAAAAAGUAAAAACCGUCAGUGAAUAAGUAGUGUUAUCUUAAUAAGAAUCUUCCAUAGUCCACCAUCUUAGUGGCUUCCACAUUUCCUGACCUAGGUAUUGUGAGAAAGUGGUGAAAAAUUGUUCACUGUCCAUAAAUUCCCGGAUAAUAUAUUUAGUAGCACACUAAAUAGUUAAAGCUGGUAUAACAAGGAGUUGAAAUGCUUCCUUAUCAACCAGAUCUAUAUCAUUUCAUGCUAACAUCUAAACUGGUGGAUAUUUUUGACAAAAAUGAGUCGUGUCUUAAGAUCUAGUAUCAGAGAAAAUAAGUCAGAACAAGUCAUACCUCGGAAACAACGAAAUGAAAGAGUUUUUUCUGUAACCCCCUCAGUAUCUUCCAGCUCAACGGGAACCCCAGGAAGUCGUCUCACUCAGCGAAGACGACCGAGUCCCCCUGAUUCUUGUAGAAACGUAACAUCUGUCGGUUGUGAAUCUUUUAACUUAAGAGAUCAAAGCAAUAUAUCGGAUAAAUUGAAUACUUCCCUUGACGAUCAAAAAGAAACCCAUCCACCUGUGGUAUUUGAUUCACAUAUUACACAAUGUAAGGUCAGUUUCUCAGCCAACUCUGCAACUCAGGUUGCGGAAUCUAGUCCACUGAUUGUUGGAAGAGCAAAUGAGAUCAGUCGUUUGACAUCUCUGAUUCAGUCUUGUAUAGACACGAAGAAAAGUGCUAGUUUCUAUGUAAGUGGGGCCCCAGGAACUGGAAAAACAGCAGUUGUUCUGAAUGUUGUUCAAAAUUUUAAAACGUAUGGCAAAUGUAAUACUGCUGUGAUUAAUUGUAUGCAAUUAACGUCAUGUGCAGAUAUUUUUGGACGAAUAUCUACCGUUUUAGAAGCUCACAAUGGCAAGGAAAAUAAUUUAAUUAGCGAUGCUGAUUCAUUGGAAUGCUUUUUGAAUCAACAACCACAAAAAAAGACCAUUAUCCUAGUUUUAGAUGAAGUUGAUCAGUUAUCUACGCGUAGUCAGAAGUUACUCUACAGAAUUUUCGAAUGGCCAUCAAAACUUACUUGUCACACCAUUGUUAUUGGAGUAGCAAAUGCCUUAGAUUUACCAGAGCGUCUGCUGCCACGUUUGAAAUCAAAAGUUUACAAACCUAUUCAUAUUAUAUUUCAACCAUAUUCACAAUCUGAGCUUGCUGAAAUUGUCCAAGCUCAUUUAUCCAAAUCAUCAAGUCGUGGACCAUGUAUAGAAGCUCUUGCUAUACAACUAUGUUCUAGAAAAAUUGCUGCUUCUACAGGGGAUGCACGUACUGCACUAGAUAUAUGUCGCAGGGCGAUUGAUUUAGCCCAUCAAGAUGCUCGGAUGAAAAACAUAUCUGACGCGUUUAUUCCUCAAAAGGUGGCGGCUGAUUCUCACAUUACACCUUCCAUCCAGCAUAUAAGUAGGGCUUUAAAGGAAUCUCAGGUUGAUUCUCCUCUUCCUGUUAAAUCGUUUACUGGCGUUAAUACAUUUACUACUAAUGGCUCUGAGCUGCCAUUACACCAUAAGCUUCUACUGGCUAGCUGUCUUCUGUUAAGAAAACAAAAAGGUUUACGUGAAUUAUCGUUUAGCCUACUUUAUGAUACGUACAUUCUUAUAUGUAAGAAAAAACAAAUUACAAGUUUAAAUGAAUCUGAACUCUCCGCUGUAUGCGAUCUUCUUGAUUCUCGUGGAUUUAUUCAACUUACUGGUCCGCGUUACUCAGUUAAAGCUACAGUGGGUACACCAGCACGUUUAAGACGUAUCCGAUUACGUUUAGAUGAUUGUGGUGUCCAACAAGCUUUGAUGGACGAUUUCUUGCUGUCAUCAGUAAUGGAUAUAAAAUUACAAAAGUAAUUUUAUAUUUAAUCAUAAUUUAUCUGUAUAUAUUUAUCUAUAUGUUUCACUGUUGAACUAAUCAAACACGCUCUUAUUUCGUAUAAUUUUUCCCAUGUAAGUGUUUCGACCUAAAUUCGACAGUGUUUGUUUUCAUUACAGAUGAGAUCAUAUUUUUAAACUUAUGAAAGUCCUUGACAAUUAUUUUUGUAAUCUAUGCAAUUAUGAAAUAUAAAGAUGUUUUAUCUGUUCUCCAA